GUUUCUCAAAGACAAGUUAUUGGAUUAUCGUUGGAAAAUCUGACUGCCCAACUGAAGUUUUUUUCUUAGUCCACAUGUUUCAACGCCAGUUUUACCUGAGUGAGGGUGAAGAGCCAAGGAACAAAUAAUGGAUCAGAACUUGUUUGGAGGAGUCCCAAGGUUCCUCACUCGGCCCAAGGCAUUUUCAGUGUGUGUGGGCAAAGAUGCCACCUUGAGCUGCACCAUUGUGGGCAACCCAACCCCCCUUAUCACCUGGGAGAAGGAGAAGCUGAAGCUGACAUCAGGGCACCGCUUCAAGACUGUGGAGGAUGGAGAUGUGUACCGUCUGACCAUCUAUGAUCUAACCUUGGACGAUAGUGGCCAGUACAUGUGCCGGGCAAAAAACAGUGUUGGGGAGGCUUAUGCUGCUGUAACCCUGAAAGUGGGCUUACCAGCAGAGAUCGAACAGAGGGCACCUGUUUUCAUGGUUAAGCCCACCUCCACACGUGUGGGUCUAGGAGGCGACGUCGUCUUCCAUUGCCGGGUAGUGGCUCAUCCAGAACCCAACUUUGACUGGGAGAAGGAUGGGCGCUACCUGGGGGAAAGUAACCGCAUCAAGAUUGUGUCAGACAGCGACAGCAGCUCCUUAAGGAUUCAAAGUGUGCGCAGCCUGGAUGCUGGGACCUACACCUGCAGGGCGCAAAACUCUGUGGGCCGAGCGCAUGCUGCAGCGGCCCUUGCUGUGGACGUCCAGGAUUCUCACCACCUGGCUGGGGAUAAGAGCACCUCUCUCCUCUCUCACCUACAGAAGCGCAAAGAAGAGAUGAAGAGGGACAUCUCUAUCUAUUCUACCGAAGACAGCAGAUCCAUGGUUUCUUCCUCCACUACAAAAAGCAUUGCAGAUGGACUGGGUGCACUAAGUCUGGAAUAUGACCUGAGAGCAGCGGCUCUGGCGAAACUGCCCAAAGGAGUGUUCACCCGUACCUGCACGGUGACGGAGGGCAAGCACGCCAAACUCAGCUGCUUUGUCACAGGUCACCCCAAGCCCCACAUCAACUGGAGGAAGGAUGGCUCAAACAUCGGCGAGGGCCGUAGACAUGUCAUCUAUGAGGACCAGGCUGAGAAUUUCAUCCUGAAGAUUCUCUACUGCAAGCAGAGUGAUAAUGGCCUCUAUACCUGCAAUGCAACCAAUAUGGCUGGUCAGACCUACAGUGCUGUCUUGGUGAUUGUCAAAGAGCCUAAGGUGCCAUUCAGGAGGAAGCUCCAGGAUGUGGAGGUACAGGAGAAGCAAAGCGCCAUGCUGAUGUGUGAGGUGCCUGCUCCAGCCACCCAGGCCAGCUGGUUCAUGGAGGAAACGCGGCUGGAACAAAGCGCCAAGUACCGCAUGGAAGAAGAUGGCACCCUGCGGCGACUUACCAUCCACAAUGUCACCACCAACGAUGACGCCGUUUACAUCUGUGAAAUGAAGGAGGGCAGUCGUACUGUGGCUGAGCUCACUGUGCUGGGCAACAUUACCAAGAAACUUCCUCGAAGGACAGUUGUUCCUGUUAGUGACACUGUCAUCUUUUGUGUGGAGCUGGAGCACCCUUGUCCUGAUGCCUACUGGACCCGCAAUGGCGAGAAACUGAAGCAAAAUUCCAGAGUUUCCAUUGCAUGUGUGCUCAGGCAGUACACACUCACCAUCAGAGACUGCCAGGCGGAUGACUCGGGCGAGGUGGCUUUUGUGGCUGGUGACUGCAAGACCUCCACUCGAUUCUCUGUUACAGCUGCAAGAAAGCAUCCUCCUGAUCCUCCAGUGGAUGCUGUGGUGCAGAACAAGAGUGACUCCUCCAUCACCCUUAAGUGGUCUCCUCCGGACAGUGACCGCCCCGUGCCCAUUAAGAGCUACAUAGUGGAGAAGAAGAAGGUGGGCACAAAGACAUGGCAGAGGUGCAAUGCUAUGGAAGCAAUUGUCUCAACGGAAAUGACCAUCUCCAAUUUUACUGAGGAAGCCAGCUACCAGUUCCGUAUCUCCGCUAUCAACAACUAUGGCCAAAGCCCCUACCUCGAGGUGCCUGGAAGCUUCUACCUUGAACCGACAGCAGAGGUGAAGAUGGGCCUGAUGAACAACACUGCAGUCUCAGGGGAGGAGGCCUCCUUCUCCGUGGAACUGUCUGCUGUUUGUUCAGGCUUCUGGUCUCUAAAUGGCCGCCUGCUGCGCAGUGGGGGAGAGUACCUCAUCACCAGGUCCAAGAACACACAUACACUAGUUAUCCGCAAUGUGACCAUAGAGCUGAAUGGAGCCAAUGUCAAGUUUGUGGGUGGUGGCUCGGAAACCAGCUGUGUUUUAAGUGUGAAGGCACCAUCUGUAAGGUUCACCAAUAAGUCAGAGCAGAUGGAUGUCGUGACUUGCAGUGCCCAAUCCACUGCUCAACUGACAACCGAAGUGUCGGAUUACGAUGCACAGGUGGUGUGGAUGAGAAAUGGGCGAGAAGUAAAAAUGGGGAAGAAGUUUGAGUAUGAGAUCAUGGACCGCAAGAGGAUCCUGAAAGUUCACAAUGUUACAGAGGAAGACGUGGGCAUCUAUGAGUGUGUUUUAGACACCGACAGAAUCUCUGUGCAACUUGCUCUUAAAGAUGAACCUGUUAAGUUCCUGAACAAGCCCAGGGGCCCCAUGGGAGCAACAACGAACCUCACAGGGGACCUGGAGCUGACCUGUGAGUUGUCUUCUGCCAGCGGUGUAGUCGUGUGGAAGAAAGAUCAAGUGGAGGUCACUGAGGACCAAAGAACCACCAUCAUCUCAAAAGGUACUCAAAGAAGGCUCGUCAUCAAAAAUGCCAAGAAAAGCGACGAAGGACGCUACUCCUGUGAGACGGCAGCUGACAAAGUCACAUUCCAAGUCAAGACAAAAGAAACCCAACCCCAAGCUGCCUUCUCCAACAAGGAGUCAGUUCAAAAGGAGGUGAAAGCCACUCUCUCCCAUAAAGCCACUCUGAGCUGUGAUGUGUCUGAUAGCAAGACCGAGGUGAAGUGGUACAAAGAUGGGAAGCUGUUGAUAUCCAGUAAGUCAAUAAAAACAGAGACAAAAGGCAGCAGUCAUCAACUGGUGAUUGAAAAGGUUGAAAAGAACGAUGCUGGAGAGUAUACCUGUGAAGCUGGAGAGGAGAAGCUGGUCUUCAAGAUUUAUGUUUCAGUUAACCUUUCAGAGGCCCAGUCUGCCUUCUUCAACAAGGAGUCCAUCCAGAAGGAGGUGAAGGCAUCUAUCUCCCACAAAGCUGUUCUCAGCUGUGACGUGUCUGAUAACAAGACUGAAGUAAAAUGGCACAAGGACGGAAAGCUGCUGUCUUCCAGCAAGACAGUCCAUACAGAGUCAAAGGGCAAGAAUCGUCAGCUGGUGAUUGACAGUGUGGAGAAGAAGGAUGCUGGAGAAUACAUCUGUGAGGCGGGGACUGAGAAGCUGGUCUUUAAGCUUGAGGUGGCAGACACCCAGGUCCAGCCUGCAUUCCUCAAAGAAAAAGCUCAGACGGAUGUGAAGGCCACUCUCUCUCAGAAAACCACUCUCAAGUGUGAGGUGUCCGAUUCCAAGACGGGGGUGAAAUGGUACAAAGAUGGAAAGCUGCUUUCUGCCAGCAAGACAAUCCAUACAGAAUCAAAAGGCAACAAUCGCCAGCUGGUGAUAGACAGCGUGGAGAAGAAGGAUGCUGGAGAGUACAUCUGUGAAGCUGGGUCUGAGAAGCUGGUCUUUAAGAUACAGGUAGAAGACAUCCAAGCCAAAUCUGCCUUCUCCAACAAGGAGUCCAUCCAGAAGGAGGUGAAAGUUAACAGCUCCCAGAAAACCACUCUCAGCUGUGAGGUAUCUGAUACCAAGACAGAAGUAAAAUGGUACAAAGAUGGAAAGCUGCUGUCUUCCAGCAAAACAAUCCAUACAGAGUCAAAGGGCAAGAGUCGUCAGUUGGUGAUGGACAGCGUGGAGAAGAAGGAUGCUGGAGAAUACAUCUGUGAGGCGGGGACUGAGAAGCUGGUUUUUAAGAUACAGGUGGCAGGACACUCGGCCAUGCAGCAGCACCAGUUUAUCAAGGCUGUGGAGCCGUCGAUCUCGGUCAGAAAGUCUCCAGCACCGAAGACCUGGGAAGGCUCUUCUUCACCUCCACAUCUGCCUUCAACCUCCUUUGAGAUGCUACCUGAAGCAGCGAGGGAAAGCUCAUCCUCAGACAGCACACCAGGCUGUACAUUGCUGACGGAAACGGUGAAGCAAGCUAAUGAAAUGGCUAACAAAGAUGGCAACUUAGAAGAAGCUAAUGUCAGCUUGCCCAAGAGCUUGCCUACAGACAUUGAUAAUUUGGCAAUGGAAAUCACGAGAAAAGUCACGGCUGUGAUGGAAGAGAAACUGCCUGAGUUUUCCAACGAGCUCAAUUUCAUCACAACAAAAUUCAAGCAGAACUCACAUUGUAUUGUGGAAGCCAAAAAUCACAGUUCCAAUGCAGAAGAUCCUAUUGCUAGUUUAGAGACUAGACUAACAGACACUGAGGGGAAAUUAGUUGCCCUUACUCACCGGAUGGAUGGCCAGGAGGGGAGAUCCCAUAGACACAACAUUCAGAUUUUCAGUGUCAAUGAGGGGAUUGAAGGAAGAAAUGCCCUGUCCUUUUUCAAAACAUGGUUGCCCAAAAUUCUCAGUCUGGAGACCAAGAAGGGCAAGAUCCCCCUGGAUAGACAUCACAGAAGUCUUAGUCAGCACAAAGCUGUUGUUCCCCAUGUUGUCGUUAUGAAGCUCCACAACCCGAACGACAAGAUGAAAAUUCUGGCGACCUUCAAUGUGAAACAAAAGCUGGAAUAUAAGGGAACUAAGAUCACCAUUCGGCAUGACAUACCACCGAACAAGCAAGCAAAAGUGGCCUUCUCCAACAAGGAAUCUGUGCAGAAAGAGGUAAAAGCUUCUCUUUCCCAGAAAGCCACUCUCAGCUGUGAGGUGUCUGAUUCCAAAAUGGAGGUGAAGUGGUACAAGGAUGGCAAGCUGCUGUCAUCUAGCAAGGAAGUCCACAUGGAGUCUAAAGGCAGCAAUCGUCAGCUGGUGAUCGAGAAGAUGGAGAGAAAAGAUGCUGGAGAGUACACCUGUGAGGCCGGGACAGAGAAGCUGGUAUUCAGACUACAGGCAGCAGAUUCAGCUGCAAAGUUCCAGAAGUCUGUGAAAGACACAUGUAUUGUUCAAGCAAGUGAGAAUAUUGUGCUGACCACUGAACUGACCUCAGAGAGUGCCAGCGUGAGGUGGUUUAAGGAUGGAAUACAGCUCAAGGAGGGCAACAGGUUUGAAAUGAGAAAAGAUGGCCUCUCCCGCACUCUGAUCAUAAAAUCUACUGAAGCCAAAGACAGUGGAACAUACUCCUGCCACACUGCUGAUGACAAACUGGAGUUCAAAGUUCAGGUCAAAGAGUCACCUGUGAAGUUUGUGGUGCCUUUGAAGUCUGUCACCACGGAGCUGGGUGGCAUACUUAGUCUCAUGUGCGAGCUGAACCAAGCCUCAGGAGACGUUCUUUGGCGCCUCAGUGGUCAUGAGAUUAAGCCUGGGGGCCGGUUCUGCAUCAGUACAGAGGGCGCCAAGCGGAUCCUUACUGUGACUGGCAUGACUAAGGAGGAUGAGGGAGAAUACAGCUGUGAAUGUAAAAAUGACAAGACCUCUGCAAAAGUCACGUCAAGAGCACCCAAACAAGUCAGGCUGACUGCCAAACUGAACAAUGUAGCUGCGAUGGAUGGCAAGGAUGCCAUUUUUAAGUGCACCGUUACCCCAGCAGAUGUCCAUGUUAAAUGGUUCCACAACAAUAUAUCCGUUUCUGCCGGGCCAAAGUAUAAGAUCGAGCAUGGUGGCACAAGUCACUCACUUACCAUCACCUCUGUCACCCAGAAGGAUGCUGGAGAGAUCAGCAUGGAUGUAGAAGGGAAAGGCUGCAAAGCUACUCUGCAAGUGCAACAAGUACCUGUGACAUUUAAGAAGAAGUUAGAGAAUUUGACAGUGGAGGAGCAGACGGAGGUGAAGCUGGACAUGGAACUCAGUAAACCAUCAGCUGAGGUCAGAUGGAUGAAGAACGGUGUAGUGCUGCAGCCCUCAGGGAACAUAGAGAUUCGGGUGGAUGGGGCCAAGCAAUCUCUGGUCUUUAAAAGUGUGACUUAUGCUGACCGUGGUUUCUACUCCUGUGAAACUCUGGAUGACAAGACACAGGCUAAGCUCACUGUGGAGAUGAGAAAGAUACAGGUGGUCAAAGGCCUGACAGAAACUAAGGUUCAUGAGACAGAGACGGUAACUCUGGAGGUUGAGCUCAGUCAGGCUGAUGUUGAAGGCUCCUGGACCAAGGAUGGGGCCAAGAUCAAGUCGGGGUCCAACUGUCGUAUGACAGCCUUCGGAAACAAGCACGCCCUCACUCUGUCCCACCUUAGGAUGGAGGAUGCAGGAACCAUUGCAUUCCAAGCAGAAGGGGUCCAUACGUCUGGCAAACUAAUUGUGACAGAACCUCCUGCAAUGAUAUCGAAUCCCCUUAUGGAUAUCAGCGUACCUGUGAAGGAGAAGGUCACCUUUGAAUGUGAAGUGUCGAGAACCAAUGCAGAUGUUAAAUGGUUCAAGGGUGAUAUGGAGGUGAAACCAGGGAAGAACUAUGGCAUCCACUCCCAGGGCCUCAAGCGCAUUCUGCUCAUCUACAAAUGUACAUCAGAAGAUCAGGGCACUUACAUCUGUCGCACCUCGGAUGAUAACACAUCAGCCAAGCUCACUGUUCACGCAAGAGACAUUAAGAUUGUCAAGAAACUGGAGGAUGUGGAAGUGAUAGAGAAGGAGAGUGCUUCAUUUGUUUGUGAAAUCUCACAUGAUGAGGUGGACUGCUACUGGUACAGAGGAAGCACAAAACUCAAAGCUGGUGACAACGUCAAGAUGAGACAAGAAGGUAGAACCUACGUGCUGCUCUUUAGGUCUGUGACUCCGGAAGAUAUUGGUGAGAUUAAAUUUACAGCCGAGAAAGCCUCUUCAGCUGCAAAAUUAAAAGUGAAAGAGUUGCCUGUCAAGUUUGUGAAGAAACUCAGGGAUAAGAUAGCGAUGUAUAAGCAUCGUGGUCACCUCGAAUGCCAAGUGUCACGUGCCAGUGCCAAGGUGAAGUGGUACAAGAACAAGACAGAGAUCAAGCCCAGCAAGAAGUACGAGAUAAACAGUGAGGAUGUGUACCGAAAACUCACCAUCAAUGAUGUUGGGUCAGGGGAUGAAGACACGUACACCUGUGAUGCCGUUGAUGACAAGACAUCCUGUAAAUUACUUGUGGAAGAACAGUCCAUUAGCAUUGUACGAGAGCUGAGUGCAGUGGAAGUGACCGAGCCCUUCGCUGCCGUCUUCGAGGUUGAAAUCAGCAUGGAACUGGUAAACCCUCCUGUAUGGACUCUGAACGGAGUCGCCGUGCAGGAGAGUGUGGAUGUUGAGCUGGAAAAAGAGGGCACAAUGCAGCGCCUCACCUUCAAGAAAACCAAAGCGUCCAUGACAGGAACUGUGCAGUUCACUGCUGGAAAGAGCAAAUCCGUGGCCCAACUGACAAUCAAAGAGCGUCCUCUUGAGGUUGUAGAACCCAUCAAAGAUGUGAAGGUUAAGGAGAAAGCCUCAGCUACACUGCGCUGUAAAUUCUCCACCUCACCUAAAGAGGUUAGCUGGUUCAAAGGUCAAGCACUUCUGGCAGCAUCAGACAAGUACACCAUUCGACAAGAUGCUUCGCGAGCUCAGCUUACCAUUCAAAAACUGACUGGAGAGGAUAGUGGAGAGUACCACUGUCAGUCAGGUGCUGCGGAGACUAAAGCCACACUUACUGUUGAAGUGCGUGAAAUUAUGAUUGCUAAGCACCUAGCAGACACAGAGGUUGAUGAAGACAGUGAUGCCGUGUUCACCUGCGAGAUUAACUAUGCAGAUGAAGAGGCACAGUGGCUUCUGAAUGAUAAGGUGCUCUUCACCAAUGAAGUCAACACCAUCACGCAUGAGGGAAAGGUGCACAAGCUUACCCUUAAGAACUUGGCACCUCAAGAUGGGGGCAUCAUCACCUUCAAAUGCCGUAAGGUGAAAGAGUCUGUCACACUGAGGGUUAAAGAGAAAUAUGCGGUGUUCCUGAAGUCUUUGGACGAUGUUGUUGGAGAGGAAAAAGGCAUGAUCACUCUGGCAUGUGAGGCGUCCAAGCCCAGGGUGUCCCCGACAUGGAAGAAAGAUGCUAUUGUCCUGAAAGCAGGACCUAAGUAUGAACUCCUUCACACUGGCAAAUCCCUGGGACUGAUCAUCAAGGAUGUCACCAAGGAAGAUGCCGGCGAGUACAUCUGUGACCUUGGAACCGAGGUUUCUAAGUCAAAGGUCACUGUAAGAGAAAUUGGUAUCGGUAUCACCAAAUGGCUGAAGGCAGUAGAGGUGAAUGAGGGAGAGACAUGUAGCUUUGAAUGCAUUCUGUCUCGGGAGAGCACAGACGACUGUUCAUGGACCCUUAAUGGCCAGACCAUUAAAAACGGAGGACGCUUCAAAGUCUCCAGUAAAGGACGCAAGUAUAUACUGACCAUCGAAGAUGUUGUCCCUGCUGAUGCCGGAGAGGUGGUCUUCAACAUUAAAGACCUAAGCUCCAAGACAACGCUAGCAGUUGAAGGCAAAGCUUCAUCUGUUUCAGUGGGACUACAGAAUGUUAGUGCCUGUCUGGGGGAAAAUGCUGUGUUCACCUGUGAGGUAACACAACAUAGCUUCACUGUAAAUUGGGCGAAGGAAGGAAAGGCCAUCAAGAAGAGCCAGAAAUAUGAAAUCAGCAUGGAGGAUAAGAUCAUGAAGUUGACCAUCCAUGAUGUCAAUGCCCAAGACUCAGGAGAGUACAGCUGUCAAGUUGUUGGAGGAGCAACCACCAAGGCCAGGCUAGAAAUCCAAGAGCCAAUUCAUAAGUUCACCACACCACUAAAGGACAGCGAAGUGGAUGAAAAGGGCUCCGUGACCUUGCAGUGUGAGACUGAACAAUCCCCAACCAAAGUGACCUGGUAUAAAGGCAGUGCGGCACUUAAGGCCGGAGGACGCUAUGAGGUGUCUCAGAAGCAACGGCUCUUAACACUCACCAUCAAACACCUGGAGGACAAAGACAGUGACACUUACACCUGUGACGUGGGUACCGCCAAGAGCACGGCAAAGGUGACGGUCAAAGCCCAACCAGUGACCUUCAUACAGAAGCUAGAGAGUCAGGAGGCUGAGGAGGGCUGCAGUGUUACUCUGCACUGCGAGCUCUCUAAACCUGGUGUCCCCGUGGAAUGGAAGAAGGGAAGAGAGGUGUUGAAGUCUGGAGAAAAGUACCAGAUGAAGCAGAUAGCAUCUGUGAAUGAACUCCUGAUCAACAAAGUGGUCCCAGAAGACAGUGGAGACUACAGCUGUGUGUGUGGAGACCAGAAGACUUCAGCCAGCCUCAAGAUCAAUGCCCAACCAGUGACCUUCAAACAGAAGCUAGAGAGCCAGGAGGCUGAGGAGGGCAGCAGUGUUACUCUUCACUGUGAGCUUUCUAAACCUGGAGUCCCUGUGGAAUGGAAGAAGGGAAGUGAGGUGUUGAAGUCGGGAGAAAAGUACCAGAUGAAGCAGGUAGCCUCUGUAAAUGAACUCCUGAUCAACAAAGUUGUUCCAGAAGACAGUGGAGAUUACAGCUGUGUGUGUGGAGACCAGAAGACCACAGCCAGUCUCAAGAUCAGUGCCCAACCAGUGACCUUCCAACAGAAGCUAGAGAGCCAGGAGGCUGAGGAGGGCAGCAGUGUUACUCUGCACUGUGAACUCUCUAAACCUGGAGUCUCCGUGGAAUGGAAGAAGGGAAGAGAGGUGUUGAAGUCUGGAGAAAAGUACCAGAUGAAGCAGGUAGCCUCUGUGAAUGAACUCCUGAUCAACAAAGUGGUUCCAGAAGACAGUGGAGACUAUAGCUGUGUGUGUGGAGACCAGAAGACAACAGCCAGCCUCAAGAUCAAUGCCCAACCGGUGACCUUCCAACAGAAGCUAGAGAGCCAGGAGGCUGAGGAGGGCAGCAGUGUUACUCUGCACUGUGAGCUCUCUAAACCUGGUGUCCCCGUGGAAUGGAUGAAGGGAAGAGAGGUGUUGAAGUCUGGAGAAAAGUACCAGAUGAAGCAGGUAGCGUCUGUGAAUGAACUCCUGAUCAACAAGGUGGUUCCAGAAGACACUGGAGACUACAGCUGUGUGUGUGGAGACCAGAAGACUACAGCCAGCCUCAAGAUCAAUGCCCAACCGGUGACCUUCCAGCAGAAGCUAGAGAGCCAGGAGGCUGAAGAGGGCAGCAGUGUUACUCUGCACUGUGAACUCUCUAAACCUGGUGUCCCCGUGGAAUGGAAGAAGGGAAGAGAGGUGUUGAAGUCUGGAGAAAAGUACCAGAUGAAGCAAGUAGCCUCUGUGAAUGAACUCCUGAUCAACAAGGUGGUUCCAGAAGACAGUGGAGACUACAGCUGUGUGUGUGGAGACCAGAAGACCACAGCCAGCCUAAAGAUCAAUGCCCAACCGUUGACCUUCCAACAGAAGCUAGAGAGCCAGGAGGCUGAAGAGGGCAGCAGUGUUACCCUGCACUGUGAACUCUCUAAACCUGGUGUCCCCGUGGAAUGGAAGAAGGGAAGAGAGGUGUUGAAGUCUGGAGAAAAGUACCAGAUGAAACAGGUAGCCUCUGUGAAUGAACUCCUGAUCAACAAGGUGGUUCCAGAAGACAGUGGCGACUACAGCUGUGUGUGUGGAGACCAGAAGACUACAGCCAGCCUCAAGAUCAAUGCCCAACCGGUGACCUUCCAACAGAAGCUAGAGAGCCAGGAGGCUGAGGAGGGCAGCAGUGUUACUCUGCACUGUGAGCUCUCUAAACCUGGUGUCCCCGUGGAAUGGAAGAUGGGAAGAGAGGUGUUGAAGUCUGGAGAAAAGUACCAGAUGAAGCAGGUAGCCUCUGCAAAUGAACUCCUGAUCAACAAAGUGGUUCCAGAAGACACUGGAGACUACAGCUGUGUGUGUGGAGACCAGAAGACUACAGCCAGCCUCAAGAUCAAUGUUCAGAAGUUCUUAGCUACCCCAUCAGCUGCUCCAACUGACAAAAGCGAGUCCGAGAAGCAAGAGGUUGAAGAAAAUGUGGAAGGAGUCGACAAAAAGGAGGCUCAGACAUAUGUUACCGAUGUGGGAGCAGAAGCCAAAGGUCCAUCAGUUGUUGCCCAAGAUAAACUCCAGAGGCAAGAGAUAAAAGAGACAGUAGAAGCUGUGAAGCUUCAAACUACUGGAGAGAUUCCUAAACAACAGCUCCAAAAACGGGAACCUCAGAGACCAGAGCCCAAAAUGGGAGGUGAAGGAACCGCUGACAAACUUCCUACAGAUGACACAAUUAAAGGGGAGACCGCUGAUGUGUUUUUUGGCCCCAAUCAACCAAAAUCUAGCAGCUCAGACGGCACCCUCCAUAUAGUGCCUCCCUUGGUGCUUGAUGACUUCAUGAUGGUGCUGCUAAGUGAUCUUGACCUGGAGUGUCUGGUGGGCUACAGCCUGUCCAGCCUGGCAGCACUGAUGCUGUCCCCUGAAACCUUUACCCAUGUCCAGGAGAAGGAGAAUGAUAACAUCAUCAACCUCCUUCUCCUGGCUCUCGGUGUCAGACGGGUCCGCCGCCUCGUCUUCCCUGUCCCUCUGCACCUCCUGCCCGGGCUUGGCUACAGCAGCUGCCGGGGAGUUCCUCCGGUCAUAUUCACUCGAGACCUGGAGAGCCUGAAGGCUGAGGAGGACGGCAGUGUCACGCUGCACUGUGAGCUCUCUAAACCCGGAGUCCCUGUGGAAUGGAAAAAGGGAAUACAAGUGUUGAAGUCUGGGGAAAAGUACCAGAUGAAACAUGCAGGAUGCCGCCAUGAGCUACAGAUCUUAGACUUGAAAACCGGAGACACGGGAAGCUAUUCGUGUUAUUCUGAGGAUGCAGAAAGCUUUGCGUCCCUGGUAGUACACGCUCUCCCAGUUGCUUUCAUUGAGGAGUUAAAGAGCCAAGUGGCUGAGGAGGGGGACCGUGUUACCUUGCACUGCAAACUCUCUAAGCCUGGAGUUUCUUUGGAAUGGAAAAAAGGAGAACUUGGUCUUUGCGCCUGUGCCAAGUAUAACAUCAGUCAGACAGGCCACAGUGCCACACUAGUAAUCCACGAUGUAGACCUAGAGGAUGCAGGGUACUACUCGUGUGACAGCGGGGACUGUCAAAGCACGGCAAAACUUGCUGUGAGGGCCCAGCCAGUCUUUUUCAAAACCCAGCUGGAGAACCUAGAGAAAGAGGCGGGGGAGACCGUCAGUUUCCGCUGCGAGACAUCCAAAUCGGGAGCCAGCGUGGUGUGGCGGCGAGGAGACACGGUGUUGGAGUCCAGCAGCAAGUACCAGCUGAAACAGGAAGGGGGCAUAGUGGAGCUUGUCAUCUAUAAAUUACAGGGAGCUGACUCAGGGGUGUACUCCUGUGACACUGGCAACCAGAAGACUUCCGCCAUUCUUGCUGUACAUGAGGUUGAAGUUACCAUUGUGAAAUUUUUGGAGAGCUGCGUUGUGCGUGAGGGGGACGACGUCCACUUCGAGUGCUGGGUUUCUCACGAGAAUGCCCCCUGCACCCAGUGGAAGCUCCAGGAUGUCCCGCUACAAAAUAAUGAGAUGAACCUGAUCCGGACCGAUGGCAGGGUUCACAUGCUCACUCUCAGAGGAGUCACCAAGGCUGAUUCGGGCACAGUCACCUUCACAGUGGGUAACCACACCUCCACUGCUUGCCUGACAGUCAGAGCGGCUCCUGUGGUAUUCAGGAAAGAACUGGAGAGCCAGGAGGCUGUGGAGGGAGGCAAGGCCACCCUGUCCUGUGAGACAUCCAGCCCUGGUGGCAAGGUGACCUGGAGACGGGGCUCACUUCUGCUCACCCAAGGGGAAAAGUACUCCAUGGAGCAGAAAGGCCUCACCUGUAUUCUGGUGGUUCAUAAGUUGAGGGUGGAGGAUUCUGGAGAGUACACCUGCGAUACAGGGGACAAGCAGAGCACUGCUACCCUGACCGUGAAAGAGUGUGUGCGUAUCACCCGAGAGCUCUGUGAUAUCACUGUGACCACUGGCCAGGAUGCUGUCUUUGAGGUUGAGUUGUCACACUCGGGGGUAACCAAUGGGGAAUGGUGGCUUGGCGACAACCUCCUCCAAAAUAACGAUUUGAACGAAAUGAGCUGCCAAGGACGAGUUCACCGACUGGCCCUGAAGAUGGUAACUACUGAUGAGUCAGGGGACGUGGCCUUUCUAGUUGGAGAACAGAAGAGCGUGGCCUCUCUUCUGGUGGAGGAGAAACCCAAAGUGCUAAUACUAGAGAAGCCACACAACACUGUGGCCCUAGAGGGUGAAACUGUCACCCUGGCUUGCACCAUCUCUGACCCCAAGGCCACUGUCGCCUGGAUCCGAAACAACAUGCCCAUCAAAGCAGGUUUCAAGUAUGACCUCAGGAAGAAUGGAGCGUUCCAACAGCUCCGCAUCCACAACCUGGUACCUGAAGACUCGGGAACGUACUCCUGCGACACGGGAGACAUGCAGUGUGAUGUCAUCUUGACCGUGGAAGGUGCUCCGGCGUUCUUCCAGAAAGAGCUGAAGAACCAAGAAGCCAUAGAGGGUGAUGAUGUCACACUGCGCUGUGAGCUGUCAAAACCAGGCGUUCGUGUGGAGUGGAGGAAAGGAGGCGUAGUCCUCCAGUCCAGCAAGAAGUAUGAGAUGAGGCGGGUAGAGUGCAUUCGAGAGCUCUGUAUACGAAACCUGGAGCCUGAAGACAACGGCUACUAUACCUGUGAUGCGGGAGACCAGCUCACCACAGCCUCUUUGGCAGUGCAAGUGAAAGGGGUCUUCAUUGUAUCUGGUCUUAAGACGGUCGAUGUCUUUGUUGGGGAAUGGGCCACCUUCUCCUGCCAACUGUCCGGUAGGGCAGCCGGUGAGGUGCAGUGGUGGCUGGAUGGCACCAUGAUAGAGCACAGCCCCUUCACUGAAGUAGGGCUGAGCCCGGGCCACAUCCACACACUCACCUUAAAGAACCUGGCCCCAGAUGACUCUGGCACAGUCACGUUCAAAGCCGGCAGUGUGGUGUCUACCGCCAAGCUGUUAGUCAAAGAUCCCACAGUUGAAGUGGUGAGUGAAAUGGAGGACCUGUGGGUGGUUGAAGACCACCCAGCUGAGUUCAUCUGCCAGUACUCAAGGCCUGUCAAGGCCCAGUGGAGGAAAGAAGGUCACCCGGUGCAGCCUGAUGGCCAGAGGGUGGUAGUGGAGCAGGACUGGAAUGUGGCUCGCUUGUACAUUAGCUGUGUAUCUGCUGAGGACAGGGGCACAUACUCCUGCGAGGCAGAGGGGACCUGUGUGGUCGCCUCAUUGCAUGUGGAAGUAAAACCCAUUGACAUCGUCCAAGGCUUGGAGAACAUGGACACCAUUGAUGGCGGUGAGGCACUGUUUGAGUGUGCUGUUUCUCGUCCUGAGACCAAAGACUGCCGCUGGCUUCUCAAUGGCAAGCCAGUCAAGGAGUCGUCUAAUGCUGAGAUCGUGUCUUUUGAGAGUGGCCGUCGUCACCUGCUCCUGCUGAAAGACUUGCACAUCGCUGACAGUGGCACAGUGACCUUCCAAGCUGGCACGGCCUCCUCAUCUGCCCAGCUCACUGUCAAGGGCUGGAAGCUGGACAUAGUGAAGGGUCUAGAGGACAAAGUGGCAGUGGUUGGAGAGAGGGUGGAGUUCUUUGUUCAGCUGACUGAGCCUGUACCUGUGGCAGAGAUAGCCUGGUAUGCUAAUGGUGUGGAGCUAAAGGCCGACGACACCUGGGCCAUGGAGGCUGAUGGCGCCUCCUAUCGUCUUGUCUUGAGACGGGCGCCACUUUUGCCCCGGCAAGAAAUAACCUUUGCUGGUAGAGAUGCUAUCACCAUGGCCAAACUCACCAUCAUCACUGUACCUGAUCCACCAGAGGACCCAGAGGUCCUCAGUAAGACUAAGGAAUCUGUUACCCUCUCUUGGUUUACUCCCCUACAUGAUGGAGGCAGCCCCAUCUUGGGUUACAGAGUAGAGAUGCGGCUGACAGACAGCGCUCUCUGGCUGCCAUGCCAUUCAGAGCCAGUGUGUAACACAGAGCUUGUCAUUGAGAACCUCACCCCAGGGAGUAGCUACAGGUUUAGAGUGGCAGGCAUCAACACAGUUGGAACUGGAGAGCCUGUUCAGCUACCACAGACCGUGCAGCUUGAGUCUCCAGUGAAAGUGACACAGCCGCUGACCUGCCCCAACCUGCAAGCAGGUAAGACGGUGCAGGUAGAGUGCCAGCUUUCUACGGAGGGCAUUUCAGUCACAUGGUUUAAAGACCAAAAAGAGCUGGAGGUGGGGGCUAAGUACCAGUUCACCACAGAGGGGAAGAGACAAGCCCUGUUGAUCAAGGACUUUGAAGCUGCUGACCAGGGCAUGUAUAGCUGUUUAGCCUCAGCUGAUGUCGAGAGCUCCAUUAGCCUCAGCCUGGAUGGUGCAGAAUCAGAGGAAGGGGGCCAGCCCAGUCUGCCCCCAGAGGCUGCCGCAGAGGGUGACGUCCAUGAGCUUUGGGAGGCCUUGGCCAAGAAACGUCGUAUGAGUCGUGAGCCCACUCUGGACUCUAUCUCUGAACUCCCUGAAGAGGAUGGUAAAAGUGGUCAAGACAAAGUCGAAAAGGAGGAGGCAAAAGAGCCAGAGAAAGUUGAAAUGAAAUCGCCAGAGAAGGAACAGGUUGCCAAGAUUAAACAGCCAGACUCUAACUUGUAUACCAGUUCUGAGGAUGAGUCUGUAUCAGGGGGUCCAACACUUGUGUCAUACCUCAAGAAGAGCAGUAAGUCCGCUGUUUUGGCCACUGAACAGGUAGAUACUCUGUCUGCUGAGAGGUUCUUUGCACAGUUCAAGAUGUCAGACCAGAAGACAGAGCAGCAGACUGAAAUAAAACUGACAACAGUUCAACAGACAGAGACAAAACAGACAGUUACACAAGAGAUUGACAUCAUGGAGAUCGGUAAAGAGGAUGAGCCUGAGCUCAGAGAGGCAGCCAUCAAGAUCCAAGCUGCUUUCAAGGGCUACAAGGCUCGCAGGGACAUGCGCCCUGCCUUCAGAGAUGUCUUCAAGGACCAGACCAAAGAACCUGGCAGUACCAUUCAUCUAGAGUGCAUGGCAGAAGGUAAACCUGACAAGGUGUGUUGGCUGAAAGACGGAGAGCCCCUGACAGAUGGCAAGCACCACCACAUCGAUAUCUACAAUGAUGGUACCUGCUCGCUGGUCAUCACUGCCAUCACUACCAAGGACACGGGGGUUUAUACCUGCAAGGUUACCAACAAAUUUGGGGUCAAAUCUCACAGUGGCAAGGUGACAGUGGGUACCGUGAGAGAAUCAUCUGAUCGACGGCCUCUGACAGUAGGCUACAGUGCUGACAGCGAGCCAGAGAGCUCCUCAGGUAGUGAGAUGGAUGAGUCACUCAGGCAAGCCAGCCGGCGACUCCGUCGUCUCCUGCGUACACGUCUCCCACCGGACGUGGAGGAGGAACCCUUUGUCAGUGCAGAUGAAGGAGACCUGCCUCCACCAGAUCCCCACUCUUAUCGUGAGGAUGACCGUUACAUAUACAUCCGCUUUGACUCACGAGAUGAGGCUGAGGUGGCUUCACAGAGGUUCCAGGAGAUGUUCACAGCCCAGGGGGUCCCUGUGGAGACCACCAUUCUUGAGGCAGGGCCUGUCAAAGUGGAACUGCGAAUUAUGAAGAUGGGCUAUAUACAAGAUGGCACACAGACUCCCACACAAGAUAGACAGUUGCCUGCAAUCAUGACUGGAGCCCCUGCUGCUCCAGUCUUCCUGACGGAGCUGCAGAGCCAAGAUGUUCCGGACGGUUACCCGGUCAGCUUCGACUGUGUUGUCAUUGGCAAGCCACCUCCCACCGUGCGUUGGUUCAAGGAUGGCAAGUUGCUGGAGGAGAAUGACCAUUACAUGAUCAAUGAAGACCAAGAAGGCUGCCACCAACUGAUCAUCACCACCGUGCUGCCCUCCGACAUGGGGGUCUACCGCUGCAUGGCUGAGAACAGCAGUGGGAUUGCGGCCACUAAGGCUGAACUCAAGGUUGACGUGUCCUGUAGCUCAGAUUACGACACUGCAGCUGAUGCCACGGAGACCUCCUCUUACGUCAGUGCCAAAGGCUAUGUGUCCAGGGAAACUGAGGCAUUUGAGUCCGUGGCUGAAGAUGAGCAACUACCCCAGGUGGUGGACGAACUGCAUGAUGUCCAUGUCUGUCCAGGUUCACCCAUUGCUAAAAUGCAGCUCAAAGUCAAGGGCUUUCCCCAGCCCAGAGUGUACUGGUUUAAGGACGGCCUCCCGCUACGGCCCUCACAGAGGAUUCUGCUCUUGGCAGAGAGGGAUGCUCAUGGCCUGGAAAUCCUGGAGGUGAAGAGAGAGGACAUGGGAGAAUACUCUGCUUAUAUCAGCAAUGCAGCUGGUUCUGCAUAUUCCUCCGCCAGACUGCUGGUUUUGGGUCCAGGGGAGAUUAUGCCAGAGGAUAAAACAAAGAAAGACCCAAGGGAGCCUUUGGUGCCACCACGUUUCCUUGAGAGGUUCAACAACAGGAAGGUGAAACAAGGAGCAAGCAUUACUUUUUCCGUCAAAGUGGAAGGUUCUCCCACCCCCAUGGUUUCCUGGCUAAAGGAGGAGUCGAUGGAAGAUGUCCUUUGGAUCAAGCCAGAUACCAAGGGGUACAAAGUAGCAAGCUCUGGACGCCAGCACAGCCUCAUCUUAAUGGACGUAGGCCCAGAAUACACUGGCAUGUACACCUGUAUUGCCACAAACAGGGCAGGACAGUCUGUCUGUACCGCCCGCCUGGAGGUUGAUGAAGCACCACGACCAAAGCAAGAGACCAAAGUCCCAGAGGUUCUUGGGAUUACAAUUAGUCCUCCAGAGGACGAGCCAAGCAAAGAAAAAGAGGGUAAAACACCCUACCUUGGUGAUGUUUGUACGGAGGAGUUCCUCAUGAAGCUCACCUCCCAGAUCACUGAAAUGGUAUCAGCAAAGAUGAGUCAAGACAGCUUACAGAAUCAUCAAGUGCUCCAGUGGAUGAAAUCAUGGCCCAAAACAUGCACCUCGCUGCGUGUCCCAGGCGCUGACAGCGAUGAUGAGACCAAGACUCCCUCUCCUUCCCCACAUCACGGUCGCUCUCGACCUCCCUCCCUCGUCGUUGACUCCUCCUCUGAGUCUGAUGAGGGGGAAGCCAGGGGAGAGAUGUUUGAGAUCUAUGUGGCUACAGCUGACUACAACCCCACGAUGGCCAGCAAAGAGUCCAUCGCUCUUAAAGAAGGACAGUACGUUGAGGUUCUUGACUCAGCCCAUCCACUCAAAUGGCUGGUCAGGACCAAACCUACCAAAACCACACCAUCCCGCCAAGGCUGGGUCUCACCUGCCUACCUGGACAAGAAACUCAAACCAUCUCCAGAUGCAGGUGAUCUUCCAGAGACAAGUUUAGAGGAAGUUUCUGAGGGCGAAUACAAGAAGAAGCUGUUCCAACUGAUUCAGGACUUGAUGAAUGGAGAGGCAGAAUUUGUCAAAGAGAUGGACUUCUUUACCUCCCAUCACCUUAAGCACGCAGACUGCUCUGAUGCCCCUGUUGAAGUCACCAGCCAGAAGGAGGCUAUAUUCCGUAAUGUUGAAGAUAUCAAAGCUUUCCAUUUUGAGUGUUUUCUGCCUAAGUUGAAUGAGUGCGAUACAGAUGACGACAUUGCAAUGCGCUUCCUGAAGAACAAAGAGGGCUUCGAAAAAUACCUCCCGUAUUUCGUAGGCCAGAGUCAGGCUGAGUCGACCAUAAGUGACAAGACAGUCCACCGUUUCUUCCAUGAGUACACUGAGAAGGAGCAGGCCAGUGCCGGCCCUGCAGCGCCCCCUGUGCGAAGCAUCAAUGCCUAUAUCAAACGGCCGCUGGACAGAAUUCAGAAGUACAAAGCAUCACUCAAGGAAAUGAUUCGGAACAAGGCGAGGAACGGUCAGAACUGCUGCCUGCUGGAGGAGGCCUACGCCAUGGUGUCAUCACUUCCUCAGCGCUCCGAGAACACCCACCACGUCUCCAUGAUCGAAAACUAUCCUGCCACCCUGGACGUACUCGGAGAGCCCAUUAGACAGGGACCAUUCCAGGUGUGGGAAGGGGCUCCCGGAAUUCGAACAUCCUCUAGGGGUCACCACCGUCACGUCUUCCUCUUUAAGAACUACUGUAUCAUCUGCAAACCAAAGAGGGACAGCAACAUUGACACACAGGCCUAUAUCUUCAAGAACAUGAUGAAGUUGAACAACAUUGAUGUAAACGAGACUGUAGAUGGGGAUGACCGUGCCUUUGAGAUUUGGCAUGAACGUGAAGACUCUGUGAGAAAGUAUACCCUACAGGCGCGCACAGUUAUAAUCAAGAACUCUUGGCUGCGAGACCUCAGAGAGCUGCAGCAGCGUUACAGCAUGCCUUCAUGGAGUCCCCCUGACUUUGAUGAAAUCCUGGCAGAUUGCACAGCAGAGCUGGGUCAGACAGUUAAACUGGCCUGCAAAGUGACUGGAGUACCCAAGCCUGCAGUAACCUGGUACAAGGAUGGACGUGCAGUCGAGGCAGAUCCUCACCACAUCAUCAUAGAGGACCCUGAUGGUUCCUGUACACUGAUCCUGGAUAAUAUGACAGCGGAUGACUCAGGCCAGUACAUGUGCUUCGCCACUAGCUCAGCUGGCAAUGCUAGCACUCUAGGGAAGAUCAAUGUUCAGGUGCCUCCUCGUUUUGUGAACAAGAUGAGGAAUGCCGUCUUUGUUGCCGGUGAAGACGCCCAGUUCACCUGCAUCAUACAGAGUGCACCCAGCCCCAAGAUAAGGUGGUUCAAAGAUGGCAGGCUGCUGACUGACCAGGAAAAAUAUCAGACCUACAGUGAGCCUCGUAGUGGGGUGCUGGUCCUUGUAAUCAAAGGCCUGACAGAGAGAGACUUGGGGCACUACGAAUGUGAGUUGUCCAAUCGUCUGGGCAAUGCCAAGUGUGGUGCUGACUUAGUCCUCCCCUCCGCUUUGGCUCGUGCUGGAGAUCAGGCCAUAACCAUUGAAGUUACUGAGCAAGAGACUAAAAUACCAAAGAAAACCAUCAUCAUUGAGGAGACUAUAACCACUGUGGUGAAGAACACGCGUAUGAAGAGGCACAAAUCUCCUGGCAUGUCUAUUGCUGGGGCCUACCGCUCUGAGACAUCCACUCCAGAGCCGCCCGCAGCCAGACAGAGGAGGCUGGCUUCCUCCAGGAAGACCACCAUCCCCACCCUCUACGUCACUGAGCCCGAGGGGGCAGAAGCCAGGGGGGGAGAGAGUAAACCCAGGUGGGUCGAGGUGGAAGAGAUCAUUGAGUACAAGGUCAACAAGUCCCCCAGGCUGCCGAGAAGGAGAGGCAUCUCACCCGCAGGGACUGAGCGAUCAAAUACGCCUUCCGCGGCCAGACCCCGAAGGUCUCCACCGGACAACCCGAAUGCCAACAACUCCAACAACAAGCUGGUGGAGGAGGCCCAGGCCCAGCUGCAGGGUGGUGUCAGUAGCCAGCCUCUUUCCUGGGAGGAACAGGAGGGUUCUGCCUCUGGGGUCGACGGGGAGGCUGACGAAGCCUCAUCUGUCUUGACUCCAGAUGGACAGGACGGCGAGGAAACCGACCAAGAAACAGUAGUUUUCGAACCAGAUGAUGACGAUGAUGAAAAUGACCUGCUUGGAAAGAUGGAGCCUAAGGUCCUGACACAGGGAGACCAUAUCCUCUCCCUAGAGGACUUGGAGGAUUAUGUUCCAGAGGAAGGAGAAACAUACGGUUCCUCUGACAGCAAGUGUCCCCCCGCUGAGAAGCCCUGCGAGAUCUCUGUGCUCCAGAGGGAGAUCGGUGGCUCGGUGGUGGGCCAGCCGGUGCUCCUCAACGUGGGGCGUCCCGUGGUGGCCACCAGGCAGAGGCCGGGCUUCUUCAGCCGCUUCAGGGAUCACCUCUCCAGCAGCCUUUUCUCAUCUGCCGUCCCGCAGGCCAGCGGAGCCCAGCCCAGAAGGGAGAGGGACAUCCCCAUCCAAGUGAGCCACGCAAAUCUAGAAGUCAAGCCCUCAUAUUGCUCUGAGGUGCAGAGAGUUGAAGGCGGGCAACAGAGCUACAAAACCAAAGUGUCGACGCAGACUUACGGGUACACUUCUGUGGGUAAACCGGUCACUCUGCAAAUUAGCAAGAACAGGUAUCACAACCAGUAA